AUGCUCGAGAUGCCCAACAUUGUGCAAGACGAGUCUCGGCAUUCUGUACCACCUGCGGUAGAGGCUGUUGAAUACUUGGACGUCAGAUUCAAUGGCACUCUGCACAAACCGUCUGUAUUCAAGGGAGAGCCGAGCCCCGAACUUGAUGCCGCUUGGAACAGCAUUAUCUUUAUCAUGAAGCCGUUGCAGAUAAGCAGUGAGACACUAGCAAAAUUGGGAAAGGAUAAACGGCCAUCGCUCACGCGGCUGCCUGGUGAAUACGGCGGAGACUAUUUGGCCUCCAUGGAGAUCACCCAUCACCUUCAUUGCCUUAACAUGUUGCGCAAGUAUCUGGACUAUGAUUACUACAAAGCAACGGAUGUCGCCAUGCAAGCAGACCCCGUGUCGUACCGAAUGCACCUAGGCACGCCUCAUCAUUGUGUAGACAUUCUGCGACAGCAGCUCCUAUGCAACGCCGACACGGGCUUCAUCACCUAUGAUUGGGUCAAGGGCAAGGACAUCCCGUUCCCAGAUUUCAAUACAUGGCAUAAGUGCAAGAAUAUCGACAAGAUAGUGGCUUGGAACCAUCAGCACGAGGUUCGGAUCCCGUACGGCCGUCUUGCGAGGACCGAAGGUGUGGUCGACCUGGAGGAGACUCCAUGA